AUGGCGGAGGUACGGUUGGUUGGAGCAUUCUUGAUCCCUUACCUGGUGUUUGUGGGUCUUUGUGCCGUGCCGCUGUACUUCCUGGAGGUCGUCAUUGGACAAUACUACCAGAAAGGGCCUGUUGAGGUGUGGAAGUUUUGUCCAGCCAUGAAAGGCCUUGGCCUGGGCACGGCGUUGGUGUCGUGGGUGUACGCCAUGUACACGUCCAUGUACUUCUCCUGGUAUCUCUACUACUUCUUCAACUCCUUCUUCAACCCCCUGCCCUGGUCUACCUGUGGCAACCCCUGGAACACGCCCAGCUGCGUGGAGUCGACGCUGUAUGGGCACCAAGGGAUGAACACCACAGUGAAUGGCACGGUUCCACUGCGAGCUGCCAUUAACACGACACAGUCGGGUCACCUGAAUGGAUCCACUGCGAAUGUUGCUAGUGCCUCAGAAGAAUUCUGGAGGCAAAUAUAA